CCUGUCUCGUAGAAUUAUGCUCUGAAAUCCUGCACAAGAACUUGAGUACCCUUUACAUGAUAAAUAGACACAGAUGUGUUUCUCUGAUCACCUGAAAUAUAUGAGACUUUUUAAAAGAUAACUUAAAGGUAUAUUUUAUCAUGCUUCGCAAAAAGACGUACUACAUAGCCAAUGUCCGUCAAGUGGCUACCUUGUCAAGAGAAAGUAUAACCAGUGACAAGCUAUCAACUCGUGAUCACAAAGAAAACAAAAAUGAAAAUGGCUGCAAAAUAAAUUACAAACCUUUUCUGGGCUUCUUUUAUAUUUUAAUGAGCAGCAUUUUCAUUACAUUGUCGUCCGUCUGUGUUAAAAAAGUCUACUAUAUAAGUCCAGGAGAGUUAUCACUCAUUAGAAAAAUUGGAGUCUUAUUUGGCAACAUACCUAUUGCUGUAUACUACAAAAAGAAUGUUUUAGGACCGAAAGGACUUCGCUUAUCUUUAACAAUUCGAGCAAUUUUGGGUGCGACAGCUCUCUAUCUGAACCUGAUGUCCUCCAGGUAUCUUCCACUGGCUGAAGCAGCCAUUAUACUGUCAACUAUGCCAGCUGUAGUGGGAAUAACUGCCAGGUUAUAUCUAAAGGAACCGUGUGGAAUAAUCCAGACAUUUGCUAUAGUUUUAACAGUUUGUGGAGUGAUUCUCUCCAUUCAAUUACCUGAUCUCAUGAAGAAAAGAGAUGGUGUGCUAUUCGAUACAAAUUACAUAAUAGGUUUGGCCUCUGGCGUUGGCGGUGUUAUCUGCUUGGCCGCAACCUUUGUACUAGUUCGAAGACUAAGGGAAAUUCACUUUUCAGUAGAUCUUAUUUUCUUUAGUUUCGUGGGGAUCUUCGAAAUUGCAAUAAUAACAGGUGCUUUAUCAUUCUAUUCUUUACCCCGCUGUGGUCACGAUCCUCUGCUAAUUAUGAUGAUUGCGAUCUUUGGUUUCCUAGGACAAUGUGGACUCAUAUUAGCAAUACAGACUGAAAUUGUAAGUAUUAUAAGCGUAAUGAAAUCGGCUUUGGAUAUUGUCAUCGGUAUUGCAUGCGAUGUAAUAUUUUUCAACACCAUUCCAAGUCUUUACACUGUGGGAGGUGGACUAAUUGUUAUUGCUUGCAUAAUACUUAUUAGUACUAGGAAAUGGAUCCAAGAAAUGCCAGAAGAUGCAAGACUAAGGAAAAAACUGAAAUAUUUAUUGCUAUGACGAAUAUUAUUUAUUAUUACUGAUAGUUACUUAAAUGAUUAUUUCAAAAAUAUUCAUCAAACGUUGCUGUCAUAACUAUGAGAAAAAGACUAUUUAUGCGGUGCAUUCUGGUUAUCUGUAAUGGCCAAAACUCUCAUUUUGACUUCAGGGA